AUGGAAUUGCUUCCAGAAGGACAGAGGAAUACUGCAACAGAAGUCACAUGGGAUGAUCAACAAAAGAUCAAUAAAUUUUCAACUAUAAUCUCCAAAAAAGAUGAACAACAAUCAAAAUUAGAUAAAUUAAAGAUUGAAAAGGAAUAUCUUGAUGAUUUAGCAUUAGAAAUAGAAUUAUUAGAUGAAGAUGAAAAGAUACAAUAUAAAAUAGGUGAUGCAUUUAUGUUUAUAAAAAUAAGUAAAGCAAUUGAAAAAAUUGAACAAGAGAAUGAUAAAUUACUGAAUCAAAUUAAUGAAACUUGUGAUUUAAUUGAUAAUUAUGAUGAACAAUUGGAUGAUUUAAAGAAACAAUUAUAUGCCAAGUUUGGAAAUAAUAUCAAUCUAGAACGAUAA